AUGUCGGACAGCAGCCUAGACGACUUUUUUGAGGAGGGGAGUGAAGAUUCUGAGAAAUAUAGCGAAGAUUGUUCUUGCAAAUCGGGUGAAGAAGACCAGGCAGCGUCUAAAGAUGAGAGCGAGCCCUACAACAGCGCGAGUGAGAGCGAGAAUGAAUCGCCUCGAAAUUCAUGGAGUGAAAAGACGGUUGACAGUGUCAGUGAAGAUGCAGAAAAUGAAAUUGAUUUGGAUAACGAAAAGAAAAAUAAAAGCGACGCGGAAGAUAGUAGCAAACAGUACCCCGACGACGCCAGCAGGAGUGACGACCUUGAGCAUCUGCAAAUGUCUCAGAGCAACGUCUCGUCGUCGUCGUCUUCCUCUUCGCCUUCUAAGGGCUCGAGAGUCAGGCCGCAGUCUGGCCGGAGCCCAAUGAAGGUCCUCAUCAGCGCAGUGCAGGGCCCGCCCUCGACCUCGGACGAGCCUCUGAGAGGUACCAUACAGCUCGAGCUCCGCGCCCCGCAGAGACACAUCGAGCUUGAGCUCCAACAACCUGAGCCCCGCCAAGAGCGAGCCUCCAUGCGCCUCCCCGCUCCUGGUGAGGAAGAGCCCGAUACACGUCGCCGUUCGGUCUCGCGACGCCUCUCCGAGAGCCCAGGAAUCGGCAGCACCACAGGCGAGGGACCUGCAGCUCUCCACAAGCUCCAAGGGGAUCAACAGCGUCCUCAGCAGCAAAGAACAAACGAGCAAAGGGUCAUCCGGCGCUUCCUCCGCGAGUCGGCCCCGGUCCGCCGCGGCUCGACCGAGGAUCAUGGACCGGGAAUCUCCCUUACACAAGGUUCCUUGAGAAGUAGUCACUAUUUGGGAAUCUUCACAGUGAAACAUUUGCACACGAUCUUCCACGCCAUCUCCCUCUCGGGAAUUACUCACGCAGUCUAA